CGAAGAGAAGGUGCGUCAACCUACUAACUAAAUAUUAUGACGAAAAUGUUUGCUAGUCCAUUUCACAGCAGACUGCAGACGACGUUUGGUCCAAUUCAUUUCAACCGAAGCCAACGUAAACAAUAUUUUCAGUUCGUGCCGAUAUCUCGCUUUCAUAAUGUUCUUCAAUCUUGGGUUUUUCACGUAAACCUACAGAAUGAUUAAAUGGCUGUUGUCGCUCAUACGUUCAUUAUUGAACAGAAUUUUGAGAUUUUUUUGGCCCAGUGAUUCAAGUGAAUUUACCUUGCCUGUUCACAUAAAAGCUGCAGGAGGUAAAACAUUUCUUAUCGAAAUGAGUCGAGAUUGGGAUGUAGCUCGGAUCAAGAAAUUUAUAGCCCCUAAAGUUGGUCUGAAAGUUGAAGAUAUCAGCAUCAUUUUGGCUGGCAAAAGUCUUGCUGAUGACUUGUUACUAGAGGAGUGUGAUCUUGGUCAUAAUAGUAUUCUAAAUGCUGUUAAACUUAAAGUCAUCAAAAAAGCUGAUGCAACUUCUUCCGAAGACAAAAAUAGGAGAAAUACACCAUUUCAUCAAGACAAGCCUCUUUGUGAAACAUUGCUCGACUUGCAGUUAACUGAAGAGGAACAGAAAUUGUUGCACAAAUCUCUGGCUUGUAGUUCUCCAGAGUAUAAGCAAAAGAAAGCUCAGUUUUAUGUUUACUGUGAAUUUCCAUGCAAAUCAAUACAAAGUGGUAAACUUCGAGUUCGAUGUAGCCUUUGCAAAGCUGGUGCCUUCACCGUGGACCGAGAUCCUUGCUGCUGGGAUGAUGUUUUACGACCGGAGCAAGUUAGUGGUACUUGUCAGAUGGAAGAUUGUGAUCAUUCGUGGGCCGAAUUCUACUUCAAGUGCGCACAUCACCCUUCACGAGGAGAGACUGACUCAACUCUUCCUCUGAAUCUCGUCAAAUCAAACUUCAAACAGGUUCAGUGCCUGGCCUGCAUGGAUAUUAGUGAUCCUGUUUUGGUAUUUCAAUGUACCAACUCUCAUGUGAUAUGUUUGGAGUGCUUCCAGCAAUACUGUAUGUCUCGAUUGAACGAAAGGAGGUUUGUCUACGAUCCCAAUAUCGGUUAUACCCUGCCUUGUCCAGCUGGAUGUGAGAACUCAUUGAUCGACGGAACCCAGCACUUUAAAAUUCUAGGAAAUGAGCAGUACCAACGACUCUUGCACUUUGGAGCAGAGGAAUAUGUUAUGUCGACAGGCGGUGUGCUUUGUCCACAACCUGGCUGUGGAAUGGGCUUACUUGCGGACCCUUCUUGUCGCCGAAUUCAAUGCACAGGAGGAUGUGAGUUCGUGUUCUGCCGCGAUUGCCUGCAAGGCUAUCACAUCGACGAGUGUCAGACAAAUGGAGAAAACAACUUUCAAUCCAUGUUGACAACCACUGAGUACGUUGUAGAUCCCGGACGAGCUGCUCAGGCGAGGUGGGAUGCAGACAGUCGCGUUACCAUACGUGUUACUUCAAAACCUUGCCCAAAGUGCCGAACGCCAACCGAGCGAGAUGGAGGUUGUAUGCACAUGAUCUGUACUCGACAACAGUGUGGAUUUCAUUGGUGCUGGGUUUGUCAAACGGAGUGGACAAGAGAGUGCAUGGGAAGUCACUGGUUCGGAUAAGACCACCUUUCCGCUUUCUUUAACAGCCCUUUUUUAAAGUACCGUGGUUCCUUGGUGUCGGGUAGUAUAAGGGUGGAGAGUGUACAUUUCUUAACGCUAUACUAGUCAAGAAAUUGAUGACAUUUGGUUCCUAUAUAAUAAUAAUCUAGACAAAUCUGUUAAUUGAAAAUUGAAAUGAAUCAUUUUUCCGAAAUAUUCAAAUGCUGUUCUAGGGAAGUCUUAAGAAGCCUUUAAUUUUCCAACUGUCACAAUCAAAAUAUUGCAAACAUCCCGUGUUUCACCGAUUGAAGGCCUAGACAAGAUUUGUGUAAUCGGCAGUCGAGGUAUAAGGAAUGAUAAAUACCCAUAUGUAUAGCCAAUGAAAAUAAAGCCAGAAGAUUCCCACUAGAAAUAAAUUUUUCAAGAUUUUAAGCCUUUACAAGACGGUGAUGAAAUUGAAUCCUUUUUCCCAAUGAACAGAAUGUUGAAGUCU